UUAAAUUAUGUAUUUUUUUUCUGUUAUAAGUUCAGAAUCAAAUAUUAUUGAAUGGUGAGAUGGCAGGGACAUACUAUUUUGUUAUAGUUGGCCACUCCGAUAACCCUAUAUUUGAGAUGGACUUUAUACCAGUUACAAAGGAAGUAAAGAAAGAAGACAACAGACACCUGAACCAGUUCAUAGCACACGCGGCACUGGACCUGGUGGAUGAGCACAUGUGGAAGGUCACCAACACAUACCUCAAGUCUGUGGACAAGUUCAACCAGUGGUUCGUCUCUGCAUUUGUGACUGCUAGUCAGAUGAGGUUUGUCAUGGUCCAUGAUGCUCGCAAUGAAGACGGCAUAAAGAACUUCUUCACGGAUGUGUACGAGGCGUACAUAAAACUGUUACUCAACCCGUUUUACAAACAGGACACAACUAUCUCAUUCCCAGCUUUUGAGAAGAAAGUACAGUUACUUGGCAAAAAAUAUCUAACGUAGCAAUCUAUAUUUUUUAAUUCCAAAAUUAAUUUAUUUUUCAAUCUUGAGGUACCUAUUUACAAAUCUUAUUUUAAUCAACAAGUUCUUAUUAAAUUACAACAAUAAUAAUACUGUCUCAAGUUGUAA